AUGGCUUAUGCAUCUCUACUUUCACUUGCUCAAACACUAGAGCAGAUCCUGCAUCCUCAGGAUCAAUAUCGAAAUCUUCAUCAUACAGAGCAACAGAUCAUGAGAUCUCUCCAUGAAAAGGUUAACUUCUUGGUGGAUUUUCUGGAUGUUAUUUCUCCGAAAAGUAGUGAGAAUAUUAGUGGUUUGAAAGGAAGAAUCAGAGAUGCAGCGUAUGAAGCUGAUGAUAUAAUUGAAUCCAAUAUGUCGAAUCAGACUGUCUCCGAGUGGGAGCAGAAAUACGAAGGCUUGCAGAAGGUAAUAGAAGAACUAACUUCCAUUUCGGAAGAGUUGGUGAAGAUGAUGGAAAGGAACAACUUAGAAAUUGUGAAACCAAGGAACAAUUUUCCUCCUGCUUGUUCCACUUACAGGAAUGCUAUUGUGGGAAUGGAAGACGAGAUUUGCAGUGUUAAGGAUCAGCUAAUUGGUUCGUCCUCAGAACGCAAUAUCAUCUCAGUUGUUGGGAUGCCAGGCCUUGGCAAGACUACACUAGCAAGAAAAAUUUAUGAUGACUCGGUUAUUGCAUCUCACUUCGAUGUUCGUGCAUGGGCAACGGUAUCACAAAAUUAUCAUGUACAAGAAGUACUCAGUCGCCUUCUGCAUUCCAUAAGAGGCUUCAAACAAGAAUCAAGCCAAGAUAGUGCAGAAAAAUUAGCUGAGAAUCUAUACAAGUGUUUGAAGGACAAGAGAUACCUCAUUGUCCUGGACGAUGUGUGGGAUGGAGAGAUUGUGUUAAAAGUCAAAAGUUUGCUUCCUCAUGACAGUAAUGGAAGCCGGAUCUUGUUAACCAGUCGACUAGAAAAUGUUGCUGAGUAUGCUGAUCCUAAUUCGAUCAUUCUCCAAAUGAGCUUUCUAUAUACCGAUGAGUGUUGGGGGCUACUGCGUGGGUUGGUAUUUGGUGAAGAAUGUUGUCCACCUGAAUUGGAGGAAUUAGGUAGAAAGAUUGCACAUCAUUGCAGAGGACUUCCACUUUCAAUUGUCCUGAUAGGUGGUCUCCUAUACAAAGCCGAGAGGACAAGAGAAUACUGGAGUUAUGUUGAACAAAAUAUUAAUGCAGAACAUUAUGGGUAUUUCUCUAUCCAGGGCAUUAUAUCUUUCUACUAUUACCAGUUGCCCCAUCAUUUGAGAGCAUGUUUUCUUUAUAUGGGUGUUCUCCCUGAAGAUUAUGAGAUCCGUAGAUCCAAACUCAUAAAAUUAUGGGUUGCCAAUAGAUUUAUAAAGCCAGAAAGAUCGAAAAGCUCGGAAGAGGUGGCAGAGGAGUAUCUAAAAGACCUUAUUGAUAGAAAUCUGAUUAUGGUUCGUGAGUGUAAUUAUAGUGGUGAAAUCAAAACCUGCUGCAUCCAUGAUGCCUUGAGGGAAUUCUGCCAGAUGAAAACUAAGGAGAAGUUUAAUUCGGAUGAUGAGAAUCUUACAGAAGUCCAUGACAAUCUUCGACACAUUAGUAUUCUCUCAGAUUUGAAGAAUCAAAUCCCCAAAUUUGAUCUUGCAGACAAUCUUGAUUUACGUAUCCGCUCUGUUACAUAUUUUUUUGGCAAUAGCCCACAUGGUACAUAUUUUGUCAAGAGUUUUCGGCUACUGAGGGUAUUGGAUGCACUCACAAUAUGGUUUGACGAGUUUCCUAUCGUAAUAGUUGAACUGGAGACUUUGAGGUUUAUUGCUUUGACUUAUUGGGCAAAGCAUAGGAUUCCUUCGUCAAUAUCCAAACUUCGCAAUCUGGAGACUUUAAUUGUUAAUCCAGGGAAACUGAGAUCCAUCUUUAAUACAUCAUUCCUACCGCUGGAAAUCUGGAAGAUGUCACGAUUGAGGCAUCUCUUGUUCGUGAUAAGUUUCUUGCCUUAUCCUACUGAUGCACUGAAUGGGGGAACUUUUGCACCCUUGGAAAACCUACAAACACUUACCAAUGUUAUAAACUUCAGAUGGACAAAGGAGGUCAUUCAAAUGAUGCCAAACCUGAAGAAAUUGGUAAUUUCGUACGAGCAUGAUGGGCGAACUGAGUGGUCAUCCUAUUGUUUUGACAAUUUUGUCCAUCUUCUUCAACUUGAAGUUUUGAAAUGCUUCUUUUUUGGGAAGUCUUAUAUAAAAUAUCAGGAUCCUCUACCAGUGAACUUUGCUUUCCCACAAAAACUCAGAAGGUUAACUUUGAGUGGCUGCAGACUAUCUUGGAAAAUUAUGACUGUUGUUGGUUCGUUGUCCAACCUCGAAGUGCUGAAACUCAAAUACCAUGCCUUCGAAGGCCCUGUUUGGGAAUCAAAUGAUGGGGAAUUUCGUCGAUUAAAAUUGCUGCUCAUACACAUGACUGAUCUGGAACACUGGAAAGUUGAUGAAAUGCACUUCCCAAAUCUUGAGCGCCUCAGUCUUCAGUACUGCUACAACCUGGUGGAGAUCCCUUCUGGAAUUGGAAAAAUACCAAUUCUUCAAAAAAUCGAGUUGUGUGAAUGUAGCACAUUUGUUGUGAUUUCAGCAAAGUUCAUAGAAGAAGAAAAAACACGCUUGGGAAAUAAUGGAUUUAGAAUAGUACAUCUGUUGUGA